UAGUAGUAGAGAGCAAAUUUAGAUAGAAGAUCUCAAGUUCCGCGUUUGGUUUGAUUAGGAUUUGAGUAUCACAAGUUUCUUGAUUGGGCAAGAGUUUGGAGUAAAAGUUGAAUACUCCGUUCAAAGCUUAAGCAAAUGAUUACAGUUUUUUUCUCCUUAAUGCUACGGCUGCACCUUUCCAGUAGCUUUUGAAAUCCAACACAUGGCGCAAGCAGAAGCAGCAACAAACUCAUUCAGCUUUAGUAGAAGUUGGAUCAAAUGGGUGCAUAUCCAUUUGCUGCUUCUAGUGGUGAUUUCAGCUCAAUCAGCUCUUGGUGGCCAGAUUGUCAAGUACUUACCUGGGUAUGACGGUGAACUUCCUUUCAAGCUCGAGACAGGAUACAUCAGUGUGGAUGACUCAGAGUUAUUCUAUUAUUUCAUUGAGUCAGAAGGGAACCCUCAAGAGGACCCUCUUUUACUUUGGCUCACUGGUGGUCCUGGCUGUACAGCUUUGAGCGGACUCCUUUAUGAAGUUGGUCCGAUGGAGUAUGACAUUUCUAACUACACUGGAGGGUUACCAAAAUUGAAAUAUUAUCCACACGCACGGACAAAGACUGCUAGCAUGAUAUUUCUUGAUGCACCAGUGGGAACAGGUUUUUCCUAUUCCAGAACCCUGGAAGGUUGGCCUUCAUCGGACACAAAAUCCACUGAACAAUCCUACAAGUUCCUCAGGAAGUGGUUGGUCGAACACCCUCAAUUUCUCUCUGUCCACCUAUUUAUCGGUGGUGAUUCUCAAGCAGGCAUGAUUGUUCCGUUGAUCACUAAAAAGAUAAUUGACGGAAACAAAGACAAAGCCGAGCCGUAUAUGAAUAUCAAGGGGUACUUGGUCGGGUGCCCGAUGACUGAUGUGUUUAUAGAUUUCAACUCAUAUGUACAGUAUGCUCAUGCGAUGGCACUCAUAUCAGACGAGAUCUAUGAGAAUGCGAAAAGAAGUUGCAAAGAGAACUAUAUGGAUGUAGACCCAGCAAACUCUGCAUGUUUAGCAGCUCUUGGCGAUAUACAGAAGUGCAUAAAAGAUCUGAAUAAGAAACAUAUCCUGAAACCAAAUUGUGAUGUAUCAUCCUCGGAUCCAAACCGAAGAUCUCUUGAAGACGGUGCUUCAGAGUUCCUACUCCAGCCAUCAACGGUUCCCAAUCCGUGGUGCACUACGUUCGGGCUUACACACAAUAACAUAUGGGCGAACGAUGAUAGUGUUCAAGAAGCAUUACAUGUUCGAAAGGGAACCGUACGGCAGUGGGAGAGAUGCAACAACAGUUUGUCAUACAGCCCCAAUGUCUUCAGUGUUGUUUCUGUUCAUAAAGAACUCAGCAGAUCAGCCUUGGACGUGCUUGUAGAGAGUGGUGAUCAUGACAUGAGCGUUCCGUAUGUGGGUACGCUAAAAUGGAUUAAAUCUCUUGAUUUGUCCCUCGUCGACGAUUGGAGGCCAUGGUAUGUUGAUCACCAAGUCGCGGGAUAUACGAUCAAGUAUUCAGAGGAUGGAUAUCGUUUGACUUUCGCAACGGUGAAGGGCGCAGGUCAUCCAGCUCCAGAGUAUUGUCGUAGGGAGUGUUAUCAUUUGUUCGACAAAUGGGUUAAUCGUCAUUCUGUCUAGUUCAAUAUUAGCUGUUCCAUUUUAAUUUUUGUUUUUGGCAAAUACAGAUGGGAUAAUCUAAAAUAACAAAUGGUGGUAUUGUUAUAUUACGUACAAUCUUCGGUGUA